AGCGCGACAGAUGGGUUAGGGUCUGCGGAGAAGGACCCUGGCUGGAGGAAAGCGGGGCGGUGGGGCGGCCCGCUCAGCCCUCCACUCAGAAGAAGAGAGCAGAGCUCCGGUCGUCCCCCUCUUCUUGGCAGAGCUCCUGUGCUUUUUUCUAGCUGUAGGACAAGCAAUUUCAGCGGGUGGACCUUCCCUUCCUUCAGCGGUGCGUCUGUAGGAAAAGAUUGACUUGCUUCUCAGUCGCGGGGAAAAGGCACCCUGGCCGUUUUUGAGACUCUGUGGUCCAAUAGCAUGUGCCCUCCGGAAAAUGGAUGAAAUUGAACAAGCAUCUGGAAAAUCUCUUUCCAGGUACAUGCCAUGCUGUGGAAUUCUGGUGAUCCGAGAGCCCCAUGCUAUGAGCAGUCUUGAUUGGGAUCUCAGUGGUCAGCACAGCCGGACAUUUAUCAGCUUUACAGGACCUUUCAUCAACAAACGGAAGGAAUAUUCAGAGAGGAGGAUCAUUGGUUACUCUAUGCAGGAGAUGUAUGGUGUUGUGUCCAACGUGGACGAAUAUAAAGAAUUUGUUCCAUGGUGUAAGAAAUCAACUGUGGUCUCUAAACGAACAGGCCAUGUGAAGGCCCAGCUGGAAGUUGGAUUUCCUCCUGUUAUGGAACGUUAUACCUCUAUUGUGACACUGGUGCAACCCCAUUUGGUGAAGGCGGUCUGCACUGACGGGAAGCUUUUCAAUCAUCUGGAGACCAGCUGGCGUUUCAGUCCGGGCAUUCCAGGCUAUCCUCGCACGUGUACAGUGGACUUCUCAAUCUCUUUUGAAUUUCGUUCCCUGCUGCACUCGCAGUUGGCUGCAGUUUUCUUCGAUGAGGUAGUGAAGCAGAUGGUGGCAGCCUUUGAGCGCCGGGCAGCGAAGAGGUAUGGCCCUGAGACCCGCAUUCCUCAAGAGCUCAUGUUCCACAAAGUCCAACAGACGUGAAGGCUGCCUUCUGCUUUGGUCACCACACGGACACUUGAAGUUGGGUGUUUGCUUGCAGCAUCCCCAGCCAUUUGUUUUUAUCUAUUUAUUUGGUUUCUCCUGAUAUCCCGUUAAUUUAUCCAGUGGGCUUGGCGUGAUGACCAAGACUUAUUCCUAAGGAAAGGGUCAGACUGUCAUGUUACCUCUGGAGCAACGUCUCAGUCUUCAGUUUUAUUUUACCUGACCAGGCUUUUAUGCUGGGUCUUUUCUUUUUAGCAUACUUUAUUUGAAGCUUCUUUCUGUCCCUGUCAGAAACUGCCAACUAUGAAACAUAUCACUGUGGCUGCCUUAGAUUGUGGUUUGUGCUGUUCCUUGAUUUCUUGAGAAAGAGGUAGCAAGAACUCAUUAAGUUCUCUCAGUGGGCCUAGGGAAGACUGGUUGAAAAUUGUGCCUCUUAAAUCUUGUGUUUUAAAAGAAAAUAACUGACUGUCCACCUCUUGAUAAUAGAAACAUUGCCUGAUAAGCCUUGGUUCAUGGUUAGUGACUGAAUUUUGAGAAUCCAGCUGGGUUAAUUUUGUCCCGGAAAGAAAGGAGCCAAGUAGAGAGAAAGCAGGUGUUGCAGGAACUAGGCUGGCAGUGCAGACUGGGUGAAGUCUGCAAGAAAGGCUGCUGGAGAAAAGAGAAUGGCCUACAGUUGCUGCCCUGGGGGUUGCUUUGGCUUUCAUUGGGACAUCAGUCUUUUCCACCUUUCCCUUUCAUCACUGGGUUAGGUCAGAAAGAAUCGACAGCCAGUUAGCUGCCCUGCGACUGCCUUUUGGAGGGAACAGUGGGUGCCAAAAUAGGAGAGGCUUCCAUUUGGAGUUGGGAUUAUUUUAAAAAAUUGAUGUUACCCUUAGUGAAAGUAUUUUGAGGUAGGAAGGAAUGUGAGGGGAAAAGAAAGUGGUCCUUCCUAUUGAGGGACCACUGAAGCUUUCUUUAAUGUCCAGCUUGUGCAGCCUUCCAAGCCCAUUUUAUACCAAUUUCAAAACUCAAAUGUUACUCUACCAGUGGAUGUCUUGGUUGCAAGCACUUCAGAAGUUCAGCAGCCAGGACAUUUUGGUAAUUAAGUCAGCAAAGUUACUCUGUGACCUAAAUGGCUGUGUCAGUUUUCUCAGCUCCACUACUGUAUGCUGCUCUGUAUUAAGAGACUAGAAAAUGGCAUUAGCAGGCUGAGGGCUUCUGCCUUGGAGAAACAAUUCCUGUCUCUUCAAAACUAUGAUUUGUCUUCCAUCAGAUAUUUCUAUGCCAAGAGUGGCUGUGUCCCUUGUGGUUCAGUGGAGAUGAAGCUUCUAGGGUGAAUGUGGGACAGGAGCAAUUGAGCAUCACGUCUCCAGACAGUUUGUGGGAAGGAGUUGAGUUGGAAUCUUCAGAAACCAGCUUCAGGUGUGGUAGAACUCCAUUCUGGGCUGCUACCCUUGGAUAUCCCCAUUGUGGGUAUCCCAAACCCUCCCUUUCCCCACUCCAUUAAAUAACAGUUCUUUGUGUUGCCUAGCUUGGUAAACUAUCUGUCCCCUUUCUAGUUACCAAGGAAAUUUUAUUUUUGUUAUAAAGCAUAAUUUGCACAAACCAUGUGUGUGCAGGAUUGCCAAGGCUGGGAAGAGAGUCCACCUUGGCUACAUUUCUGUGGAGGGGCUGAACACGCUGCUCCUAAUGUCUCAUAAAGCUAUCAUCGUGGGCUUGGAUCAUCCUGAGCAUGAUGCUAAAAUAUCUGGUGUGAGUGUGCAGGUACACUUUGGGCGAGUGUGAGAGAAUAUUAGUGAUCAAUACAUAUAUAUGGUUUUUAUAGCUUCUCAUUGACCAGGCAACAGGGAGGCAUUUUUAUGGAAAGGCCUGGGUAUAAAUGUAACUAAUAAAAAAUGAAUAAAUGUUUGGUUGGGGGAAGUAAAAUAAUAUGCCUAAAACUUAGGCCCUGCUUCACUGUGCCCCUCUUUAGCAAUCCAAGCACCCCUUUGCUGUGCAGUUUGGGGAACCUGUGCCCUGGGGAGGCAAGCGUCCUCUUGAGGGAAUGGCUCAACAGCAUAGACCAGGGGGGAGACAGAGCAUGUACUGGGGGUGCCUGCAAUAAAGCAGAUUCCUCCAGUGUGGGGGUAUAAAUCUGCCUGGGCUGCUUCUGUCUGUGGACUGUAACUGUUGCCAGACUCCAGAAACAAAUUGCUUGCUGUUUCUCCAGAGCUGGCAGUUUGGUUCUGAGGCAAUUCCCAUGAAUCAGUCAGCUGCCACUUCUCUUCCUAGGUUUUGAGCAUUGGCUCCACUCUCAUGGUGGAAUUGUGUGUAUUUGGCCCUAUAAUGGCUACCUUUUUCUCAGCAAAUUCUCGGCUAUCAUCUUUCAUAUUUAAAUAUGCCCCUCUUCCGUCUGCCCUCUCAAACUCAUCAACGGCUUAAUUCCUGUGAAAUGCCUUGAAGUUGUUGACUUGCUCUCUAUCCUAGUUUCUGUUGUGUGCUGUGCAUGACAAACAAGCUUCCACACAGAGGGCACAACCGGCAGAAGGCUUUUCUUAACUCUCAGGCAAGGCAGGGUUGUGUUUUUAGGCUGCCUGGAAUGCUUGCCUGAACAAGUAUCUUCUUUUUUUUCUUCUCUUUUUAAGAGGCAUAAAUGCUUGUGGUGAAGCUCCUCCUGGGAGGCUUCAAAUAUCUACCAGGAAAUUAUGAUAGGAUUCUGUCUUCCUCAGCAGACCACGUCUUGUGUUAUGAUUCAAAAAAAAAAAAAAAAAAGACCCAGCAACUUUAGAUGUCUGCCUGACUAGAUGUCCUUGUUAUACAAGGAGGAUGAGCAGUUGGGCUAAUAGAAAAUAUUAAGUUUCACUGACACAGAAAAGAGCCUGUGAAUUUAAAUCCAGCAAAGUGGCUAGCAUGAUAACUUGCAACAAUGCAUGGUGGACUUUCAUACUAUACGUAUGAACUGUUAGUCACACAUUUUAAGACCUGAAUACAGUAUAUAUUUUAACAAAGCUCAAUUAUUGUCUGGAAAAAUGGGGCACAUUCAAAUCCCAGCUAACGUUGCUGUAGUGGCUUUUCUCAGCUGCAUGUACAGUACUGGGAGGAGGCGAAACAGAAUAAGCAUUUUAAAACAGUUGAUAUACUGGUAUUACAAUAAUACAACUUAAAGAACAAGCACUUUCCCAAGGAUUUUGCAUUAUUAUUAUCAGUCACCUUAAUUGAUCAAGGCUGCAAACUUAUUCAUGCUUCCUUGGGAUUCAGUCCUACUGAGCUUGGUGAGACUUGACUUCUGUAUAAUCAUCUUAAGGACUGUCUGUGUUUAGAACAAUUGGAUAGCCGUGCUGCACUCCAGGAGAAAGUUAAGAUUUAAGAGCAGCAGUUGGCUUACUUCUUCAUAUAAGAAGAGUGUGGCUGUUGCUGUUCUCCAGGAGUAUUAAAAAAAAAAAAGCCCAAUGUAUGUAGAAAUCCGUUUCUGAAGAAACCUAGCUAUUCUCUUUUUUAAAGUUUCUAGUUGCUAGGUACAACAAUGUUUAAGAAUCUCAGAAGGCAAACAGCCACCUAGGGAUCUAUGCCCUAUGCAUCUUGUUGCUUCCUCCUGUAGUUUCAAGAUUAAAAAGUGCAGAAUGAUGCAAAAUCCAUAUUGUUCCGAUACAGAAAUCAUAGAACUCUAGUUCAGAAUAAUACUUGCCCUGGCAUUAAUUUGACUUUUGAAUGACGGUACAGGGAGGCAUCUGCCCCCCUGUGCCAGGAUAGUCUGCCUUUAUCUGCUUUUCAUGCUGAGAUCAGCCGCUGCUCUACAAAGCUGGUUUGUUCGUGAGGACAAGGUGUACCUCACACAAUAGGUUUGUAAUAAUAGUCAGUAUGAAGAAUGCUGACUUCACAGGCAGCUCCUUUUAGCAUAGGUGGAUGUCCCUAAAAUUGAAAAGAGGCAAACUUGCAUCCAUUAAUUUGCCGAGAGGGGACCAAGUCUGGCUACUGUUAAUGAAGGCAUAGGUGGCUAUUUUUAGUCAUUGAUGGGCAAAUUAAUCUUGAAAUGUAUUAGUCCUUUUUCUCAAGGAGCAGGAUACAGACUUUUAACUCUGCAUUUAAAUUAUUCUAAAUGAAAUAUUUGAAUCACUACAAUAAUUGUAUUCAUGAUAACCUCUACUGAAGUAUCUUUAAUGUUGAUUCAGAUACUUGAGCUAGGGUCCCACUGAAAUCAGUUGGGUGUUAAAUUAGGCACAACCAAAAUCAGGUGCUGUGGUGUUCUUAACUAAUUUAUAAACGGAGAUAUAAGCAGUAUGUCCUGCUUAGGUGCUGUAUUACAUUUUUCUCCUGAAGUUUCCUACCAGUCCUAGCAUAGCUGCAGUGUUUUAUUUGCUACCAUCUAAUGAGCCUGAAGAAUGUAAGUUUUCUCAAGUCACUCUGUAUUAAAUGCCUAAUUUUGCUGCUGUCCUUUGUCAAAACAGAUGUCUUAAAAGCUGUGCCUUUUGCUUCUCCCUCUGCACAUAUUCUUAUUGAAUUAGCUCUCAUAUUCCUUAACCUAGUACGUGCUACCUCAAAUUGUAAGAAAGAGGAUGUUUGUGGACAAAAAAAAGAGUAGACAAUCAUGGAUAGUGAAGGAAAUUAUUUUGCCCCAUCCUUUUUCCUUAUUUGAUUAUUCCAAAACUGAACAACCCCAACUGCAUUUUUAUAGACGAAUAAAAUAUGUUUGCAAAAAGAUGCA